UCCUUCUCUGGGACUGAACAGCAGCCCCCUCAACCCAAUGGGGCCAACGGGGCGGCCAGUGACGGCCAAUAGGGCGGGCGCGGGGGCGGGCCACGAGGCGAGUGUGCCGAGUGUGGUAACGGAGCGAGUGGCAUCGGCGGCAGCGAGGGUGGCGAGGGCUCCGGAGCUCGGGCUCCCCUCUUGGUGCUUGAGGGCCGCGGCGGCUGUGGCAAGGACGGCGACGAGGGCGGCAGACUCCUGGCGGGCGGAGAAGCCUCUUCUCGGCCCAGAUUCUUUCAGGAUGAAUGGGUCCAAUGUUGCCAACACAACAGCCAAUGCAAAAUCCAAAGAGGACCAGGUGGUGAAUGGGCGUGAUGAGAAGGAAAGCAACCCCUUUGCAGAGUACAUGUGGAUGGAGAACGAAGAAGACUUCAAUAGACAGGUGGAGGAAGAACUGGAGGAGCAGGAAUUCCUGGACCGCUGCUUCCAGGAGAUGCUGGACGAAGAGGACCAGGACUGGUUCAUCCCCUCUCGCGACCUGCCGCAAGGCCUGGGGCAGCUGCAGCAGCAGCUCAACGGACUUUCUGUCAGUGACGGUCACGGGUCAGAAGAUAUCUUGAGCAAAAGUAACCUGAACCCCGAUGCCAAGGAGUUUAUUCCAGGAGUGAAGUACUGACUCUUCGGAAACCUUUGAGGAGGACUUGGGGGUCCCUCUUUCCAGGGACAGAAGUGCACACAGAGAUGGGGCGGGGCAGGGGUGGGGGGCGGCUGGGGGAGGGGAAAGCAAGAGGGUCCAACUCGACGCUGUGAAUCGAGUCUUAACGCGGGCAGUCUUCUCUACAAGCAUCUGCGUAUCUCUUUUGUUCUGCCAGCCCGCAUUUGGGCACUCUGGAUCUGUUUUCUUUUUUUCUCUGUUUUUCCUUUUUUGUUUAAACAUAAUUGCUCUUUUUUCCCUUUUUUGUUUGUUUUUGUGAGAGGACUGCAGCCUCUGCCUUCCCUUUCCCAUAGAGGACGUUGGGAUGUGGAAAGCAUCUUUUUUCCAGGAUUAGGGUUUAGGGAGCGCCCUUCUCAUCCUGCAGCGAACUUGUCAGAUUCAAGGGAGACCCGCAGAAGUCGCCCGGUCCGAGCUGGUUGGCUAGGAGGCGGGGGAGGGGACGGGGCGGGGGCUGCACCCCAGGCUUCUCUCUCCCGAGGACUCUAUCCCAGGACCUCCUGAGAGCACGGACUGAGCCACCGGCUGGCAGGGACCGCUCAGCAGGAAGCCGUCAAUUGGGAAUUCUCUUUUCAAAACUCUCCAUGGCGGGUCUGGGCCCCCGCGGUCCUGUGGUGGAGCUCUGGGGCGCCUCCUUGCGGCAGUUGCUGCUCUGCCAUCUUCUCCUCCUGCGCCCUUGGGACCCCCGGUGGUACGGGGGCAGGGCCAGGGGGCCGAGGCCUGGGGCAUUCCCGCGGGCGGGGCCUGCACUGUGAUUUCUCACUCCUUACCUCUGUUCGCAUCCCCUACUGUCUCCUGCCCUGCCGGCUUUCCUGCAUAAAGGCUUGACUCCCACAGAGUGGGCGAUGUCCAAAGAUUUCCUUCCAGGGCUUGUUCUUGUUGGGGGAGCUUUAGGAGGCCCCUCGGUGCGGGGGGAGGGGCCCGGCGGCUCAGGCCCUGCCCGUGGGGCUCCUGGGCCUCUGUGGCGCCUCCUGCAGGCGGCCGGACCCCCUUGGGGCGCCUCCGCAGCAGCUGGGGGGCAGCGCUUUGGGGGGACGUGUGAGAACGUCGGAGCCGCUCGUGGGGGGGAACACUUCCCUAAAAGCCCUUGUUCUUGAUGAGCCAGAUUAGGGUCAUUUCUACAUCUCUCUGGACUGAUUCUCUUCCCUCCACCAUUGGGGGAAACAAACCCCUCUUACCUGGGAGGAGGGCCCCGUCCUUGGAGGAGGCUGCCCAUGCAGAGAGGCAGCGGCCCCCCCCCUCAGCUCCGGCCCUCAGACCGCUCCCCCUUUUCUUCUCUAGCCUCAGGAGCAGUUGUGGACACUUUGGCUCUCAGGCCCCGUGGUGGGAGGGAGGACGGCGGCUUUGUCACUGCUUUGGAAGAGCCGACCCCAUCCCCUUCCGGGGAGCACCAGCGGGCCCUCCUGGGGGGGCUUCGGACGUGGCUGGAGGGAAGGAGACCUUUCUCCUGCUUCCAGGGCCACAAAUGGGGGUCUUGGUUUUCCGCCAGCACCACCCUCUUCCAUCUCCUAUUUGUUCGGCCCCAAACCCCCGGGGGCAGAGCAGCGGUGGGGGCCUGGCUUGCUGGGACACAGUGCUAAGGCCCUGCCCGCCCCUGCUCUGACCCCCCCCCCCAUCUUCCGCGUCUGUCUCCGCCCGAGCGGGCAGGGCUGGGGCCUCCUCCGCGCUUUGAGGGCGCCCCCUCCCCGGGCUCAGCCCGUCGCAAGGUCACGCUUGUAUUUCAGAGGCAGCUGCUCCCGUCAGGUCCGGGUGUCUUACUUGGGAGCCUGUGUCAGCACACGCAGGGGCCCGGGUUGGAGCCGGACGGGGCCUUCGGGGGCACCGAGCCCAACCUCUCCCUUCUACAGGCGGGGGGCCCAGGGGCCCGGGGGCCCCGGCUACUAAGUGUCUGCGGCUGCAUUUGAACUCAGGUCUCGUGGGCUCUGGGCCCCGCCGCUUCUCCAGUUCUGGCUCCGGUUCUGGGCUAAGUGGGGUUUGAUCUUAGGGUCUGUUGAAUGACUAAGGUGGAAUCCCUCCUGUAGAGGGUGUGUAAGAUGGGGCCGGUCCCCUUGGCUCCUCGGGGCUCACAGCACCGGCUGCAGACUGCUGGUGGCCCCCGGGGGGUCCCACUGCCAGAGAGGGGCCUCUGAAAAGGAGGCUCUGGGGGGCUGCCUUAAGUUUGGGGGGCGCCUGCAUCCAGAGUCCUCAAGAAAUGCCCUGGUUUGAACAGCUGUUGGGAGAAGCGGGUGGAGGGGCCUUCUCCUGCCCUCAGUGGCGCCGACCUUGCCCAGAGAGCGUUAGGUGGGCAUAGAGAGGGCGCAGCCCCUGCCCACUUUGCUUCUGAAGGCGGGGUGUGGGGGGAGCCCCCCAGAGGGUGGCUGAGCCAGCUCUGGGCAGCCCCCUCCCCCUGGGAUGCCCAGGGGCCCGCUGCGCCCCCCGCUGUCACAGACUGGAGUUGCAGGCCCAGACCACAGCCUGGUAUCUGCACAUGGGCAGACACGGCUCCUUCCUUGCGCCAGGGCACGUGCGUUUUAUCUCCCACCCUCCUUGCUAAGGGGCCGGAUGCAGGAAGCGCUCAGCAUCUUCCAUUUCCUGCCGGCGCCUCCGUCGUUCUUCUUCCCGCCCCCCAGUCUGGUAUCAGAGGCAGAGGGGCCCCUCCUGCGGGCGCCCGUCACUAAGCCCAGUUUGUUCCGUGCCGGGCACUUCGAGGGCGCGUUUUAGGAGCAGAAACUUUCCCGCGGCCGCCCUGACCCGGGAGUCGCAGUCGGCCUUCCAGAGGACCCAAACCCAAAGCACACCCGCGGGGGCCUCAGCAAGCGCUCGGCCCUCAGAGCCAGCCUCGUCCCAGGAGCCGCCAGGUCUGCGGCGUUUCCUCGGCGACCAAUGUUGCUUCUCGUUGGACAGCCCGGACCCCCUGUGCCGGCGGCUUCCUGCAUCCCAUGGAGGACUAGGUUCUGGAGUAUCGGGGGGACAGGGCCUGAAAGCGUCCGAGGGGAAAAAUCCCCCAAACCAGCCUUCGGAUGAGCGCGGUCCCCUCUCCCAGGGACCUUUGUUCGUUGGGGAGGAGGAAGGACCAGAGAGCUCUCGUGCCUUGGGGGAGGGGGUCAUGGAAGGGAGCCCCCGCUUGGAGCCGCCCCCUCGUCCCUCCUGGGGCUCGGGGUGACCCGCAGACGUGGCAUUUGCAGAAAUAGCGACAGCACCUUGCUGACACGCAGCAGUCGGGUGAAGAGCUUCGUUCUACACUACUACUUUGGGAGAGGGAGAAUAGGAGCUUAAAAUGGAUGUUUUUUCAUAAAAAUGUCAAAAAGGGAAAAAAAAAAAAGUUACCUUUUCUGAACUUUGCUAUUCAAACCAAAUGGCAGCUCUUGAAAUUUCAAUAAAGCGAGAAGGCAGUGA